CAGGAGAGAAAAGAAGGAAGAAGAAGAAGAAAGGAAAAUGGAAGCUGCAGGACUAGGUUUAACAAGGAUAAUAGUAUCAGCGGUGUUGGGUGGUGUUUUAGGGUUGUUUAUAUAUCUCUAUACCACCUUGUUUUUGCAGCCAAGAAGGAUUCAAUCAAAGCUUAGAAGGCAAGGGAUUAGAGGGCCUCCACCUUCCUUUCUGUUUGGGAAUAUAGCUGAUAUGAAGAAGAUCCAACUCCACGCACACUCAACUGCUGCAAAAGAUCAUGACUCUAUUGCUCAUGACUGGCCUUUCACACUCUUCUCUUAUAUUCAUCAGUGGAGAAAUCAAUAUGGACCAAUAUUCACAUAUUCAACUGGAAACAUACAACUACUGUGCAUAACGGAUCCAGAGAUGGUGAAACACAUAAGCCUUUGCACUUCUCUGAGUCUAGGAAGGCCUUCUUUUGCAUCUAAGGAUCGCAGGCCUCUGUUUGGUGAAGGCAUUUUAUCAUCAAAUGGUUCAGUUUGGGCCUACCAAAAGAAAAUCAUUGCUCCUGAGUUGUACAUGGACAAGGUUAAGGGAAUGGUGAAUUCAAUGGUGGAUUCUACUACCAUAGUGCUCAGAACUUGGGAGAAUAGUGUAGACAAUGAGGAAGGAGUCGCAGAUAUUAGAGUUGAUGAGGAUUUGAGAAGGGUGUCCGCAGAUAUAAUCUCAAGAGCUUGCUUUGGAAGCAGCUAUUCCCAAGGAAAAGACAUAUUCUUAAAGCUCCGAACUCUUCAAAAGAUCAUGUCCAAGGGGUUUUCAUACACUGGGGUUCCUGGGUGGAGACACUUGCCAAACAAAAACAAUAGAGAGAUAUGGAGAUUAGAGAAGGAGAUAAACAUGAUGAUAUUAAAGGUGGUAAAUGAACGCAUUGGGGCUCAACACGGCGAAAAGGACCUUUUGCAAAUGAUACUCGAGGCUGCCAAAAGUUCAUCUAGUCACAAUGGUAAACCUUCAAUGGAUCAUAUCAACUCAGACAAGUUCAUAGUCGAUAAUUGUAAGAACAUAUACUUUGCUGGUAAUGAGACCACUGCCGUAACCGCGUCAUGGGCCUUAGUGCUGUUAGCUACGCAUCCAGACUGGCAAGCUCGCGCUCGUGCUGAGGUGCUUGAAAUUUGCAAGGGUCGCCUUCCAGAUGCUGAUAUGCUGCGACGCAUGAAAACGUUGGCUAUGGUGAUUCAAGAGACAUUGCGCCUUUAUCCUGUGGUGGCAUUCGUAUCAAGAGAGACCUUUCAAGACAUGAAGUUUAGAGACCUUUCAGUUCCGAGAAAUUCAGUGAUUUGGAUUCCAGUCCCAACAUUGCACCACCACCCUGAUGUAUGGGGACCCGAUGCACACCUAUUCAAUCCAGAAAGAUUUGGUAAUGGAAUCCAAGGGGCCUGUAAAAUUCCUCAAGCUUAUAUGCCAUUUGGAAUGGGAACAAGGACUUGUAUUGGCCAACACUUCGCCAUGGCUGAAUUGAAGGUGAUCUUGUCUCUCAUUCUAUCAAAGUUUAGCUUUUCAAUCUCGCCAGCAUACCGACACUCGCCUGUAUUUCAGCUAAUCAUUGAACCAGAACAUGGAGUUAACCUCAUUAUCAGGAAGGUUCCAUGAAUUUCUCUGUAAGAAUUGUGGAGAUAUAUAACUGAUCAUUCUAUGCGUUGUUUCUUCGGGGAAAGGGAAGUUUUGUGCAGACAAUUAAUCCACAAGCAAUUGGUCCUUAGGCCUCGUAAUUGCAGAA